GCUGAAUCUUAUAAUAAAUUAAAUUUUAAUUCAAUCUUUUACUUAUGGGAAAUAACGUCGCUCUCGCCAACCAAAUUGACUCAACUCCUCAAAAUGGAGUCGAUUUUUUUAAGUCUGAGGCUGACUCAAGCCCUUCGACUUCUGAUGAUGGUAGCCCAAAGCUCUACCCCUUCUUCCAACAUCAAAUGGAUGUUUAUGUAGAUGGACUACAUGAGAAGGAUUUGGAUGACUUCAAGUCGACCAAAGACAUUGAGUAAAUCAAUGACUCAACCAAGGAUGCCUGGAGAUCACUCCGAGGCAACUCCGAUAUAAGAUGAUAUCAAAAGAAUCUUUAAUUCUUAAUUAUUUCGACUAAAUUU